GACCCAAGCACGAAACCGCUAUUUUCUAUCCAUCCCAGUACCGCCACUCCGUACUCCAUAUAUCAUAUCAAGACAAGUAUCAACAGAAGCUUCAGUUUGCCGCUUCAUUUGAACGGUACAAGCCUUCCUCCGUACGCUUUUUCAAACAAAAUGAGUUUGGAUUCGUCUCGUUCUGCGAACUCUUCCAGCGGUCAUAGAUCCAAGAGAAGCUUCAAUAAUUCGACCUCUUCUAAUCCUUCCAAUUACAGCAACGGUAACAAUAAGAAGAAGGCGAAGCCCAGCCAGGAAACCCUAGGAGCGGCCUCCUGGGGCGCCAAUUCUCGCUCGCCCUCUCGCUCCUCCUUCCGUAAAGCCCCGUUCUCCGAUUUCGGCAGUUAUAUGAUGGAGAAGAAUAGGAAACUUCAUGACCAGUUUGAUGCCGAGGCUUCAACUUCUUCACGUAGUUGUUCGGGUUCUGGGAAGCCUAUAUUCCAUGGAAUUUCCAUCUUUGUUGAUGGUUUCACAAUUCCUUCCAGCCAGGAUUUGCGGGGCUACAUGCUGAAGCAUGGUGGAAGAUUUGAGAAUUAUUUUUCAAGACGCCGGGUCACCCAUAUCAUCUGCAGUAAUCUUCCUGAUACUAAACUUAAGAAUUUGAGGUCCUUCAGUGGUGGGCUCCCCGUGGUGAAACCCUUGUGGAUUUUGGAUUCUGUUGUUGCAAACAAACUUUUGAGUUGGGUUCCUUACCAACUUGACCAGGUUGCAAAUAAUCAACCAAGGUUGUCAGCGUUCUUUGCCCUGAAAAGCAGCUCGGUCUCCAAGGAUGUUAAACCUGAAGGUCCUUCCUUUAAAGGUGGCACAUCAACAGAUGCAUACUUUUCUGAUUUGGGUGAAUCCAGUGAGCACAGCAGGCAAAUUAGUAGAGAAACUGAUAAUCUUGUGAAUAGGAACUCUAAUGCAUCAUUAGUCACGGAGCCAACUAGCAGUUGUGGCAGGCCUUUUGAAGUGACUAUGGAAAAACCAAAUAAUAUUGAUGAAGACAACGAGAGAAGUGUUAGAAACGAACUGCAGUCAAGUCCUUACCAAUCCUCUGCAUUGGCUACCAGCAACUUUGUAGAAAAUCAUGAUAUGACAGGUUCACCAGGUUCAACAGUCAGUGGGCUUUCUAAUCACCGUCAUUCAACUAUUGAGGAUCCCAAUUUUGUGGAGAAUUAUUUCAAGAACUCAAGGCUGCACUUCAUAGGAACCUGGAGAAAUCGAUACCGGAAGCGUUUUUCUAGCUUAUCUAAUGGGUUUAAGUGCAGAAGUUCCAAUAUUGAAGCCUCUGCUCAAAAGACUGCCAUUGUGCAUGUUGACAUGUUGUGCCAUGAUGCUGAUUUAUCGUUCCAGGACUGUUUCUUUGUCUCCGUGGUCAUCAGGGACCAUCCUGAAUUGAAGGAUAAACCUGUAGCAGUAUGCCAUUCAGAUAACCCAAAAGGAACUGCUGAAAUUUCUUCUGCAAACUACCCUGCUCGAGAUUAUGGAAUUAGGGCUGGAAUGUUUGUCAGAGAUGCUAAGGCUUGUUGUCCCCACUUGGUCAUUUUCCCAUACAACUUUGAAGCUUACGAGGAGGUAGCCGAUCAGUUCUACAAUAUAUUGCAUAAGCACUGCAACAAAGUGCAGGCUGUAAGCUGUGAUGAAGCAUUUUUAGACUUCACAGACUCGGUGGAGGAUCCCCAAAUUCUAGCUUCAAGAAUAAGAAAAGAGGUAAUCGAGACUACCCGAUGCACUGCUAGUGCUGGGAUUGCAGGGAAUAUGCUUAUGGCUCGUCUUGCCACAAGAACUGCAAAACCAGAUGGUCAAUUUUUCAUUCCUCCUGAAAGGGUGGAUGAUCAUUUGAGUCAACUUCCAAUCAAGGCACUUCCAGGAAUUGGGCAUGUUCUAGAGGAGAAGUUGAAGAAGCAAAAUGUUUGGACUUGUGGACAACUGCGUAUGAUAUCCAAGGAGUCUCUUCAAAAGGACUUUGGAAUGAAAACUGGGGAGAUGCUAUGGGAUUAUAGCAGAGGAGUAGAUGAUCGGUUAGUUGGGGUGAUUCAGGUAAGCAAGUCUAUUGGUGCCGAAGUGAAUUGGGGUGUGAGGUUUAAGGAUGUGAAAGAUAGUCAAAACUUACUCUCAAAUCUUUGCAAAGAGGUUUCAUUACGCUUACAAGGAUGUGGAGUGCAAGGGCGGACUUUUACCCUUAAGAUAAAAAAGAGAAGAAAAGGUGCUGAGGAGCCUAUGAAGUAUAUGGGCUGUGGAGACUGUGAAAACCUGAGCCACUCCACUACGGUUCCAGUUGCUACUGAUGAUGUGGAAGUGCUUCAAAGGAUAUCAAAGCAGCUUUUUGGGUACUUCCACUUGGAUGUCAAGGAGAUUCGUGGUAUUGGCUUGCAAGUUUCCAGGCUUGAAAGUGCAGGUAGUUUGAAGCAAGGGUUGGAGAGAAAUUCUUUGAAGUCAUGGCUUACCUCUGCCGCAGCAAGUACAGAAGAGGCAUGCAAUAACAGUUGCACUGAAUUAGUGAGAUCUGAUACAGAUUGUGAAGGACAAGGCAAUGAAAUUUUGGGAAAGAUAUGUGCUAGUUCAGUUUGGCCUUCAAUUGAAAUGGACAAUAAUACAUCCAAUGGUGAAGCUUUUUUGAACCAGGUGUCAGAGCCGCCACCAUUAUGUCAUCUUGAUAAGGAAGUUUUAGAGAGCCUUCCUCCUGAGAUAUUUUCAGAAUUGAAUGAUAUAUAUAGCGGGAAGUUAGUUGAUUUAAUCACUAAAAGUAAUGGCAAAAGUGAAAAUAUUAGCAGUUCUUUGAGCAAUUCGCAUGUACAAGUAGAAGGGGCAAUGAAGAAGGGACAUAUGGUUCUCUGUUCUGAUCCUUAUCUUCAACAUGAAAUACCAGUAGAAAAUAGGCAUAUAGCUAUGGAAGAUCAGGCAGUCCUUGUUUCUGGGGCAGAAUCGAAAAAUGUGGUUCUUCCUGCUUCAGGGAUUCAAAAAAUUGAUUUGAUGCCUUUGUCUCUUAGCCAAGUGGAUGCAACAGUCUUGCAACAGUUGCCUGAAGAAGUGAAAGUGGACAUACUUCAGCUUCUUCCUGCACACAGGAGGCAAGACUUUUCUUCAAAUGCUCUUUCUGGACCUUCUAAAGAAACCCCUCUGGAAUCGUUAGGUACCAAGACAGCUGAGUACCACUCUGUAUCAAAGGGUUGUGUCUCAGAGAACAAUCUUUGGGCUGGAACUCCUCUCCAGUGGGUUGUUAAGUUCAAAGUCAGCAAUUGCUUGAUAUUAAACGUUCUUGCAGAGAUGUAUUAUGAGUUGGGUUCUACUGGUACUUUAUCUGCAAUUCUGCAACGUGCGAUUUCUCUACCUAAACACCAACUAGAUGCAAAUCGAGAUAGUUGGGAUGAAGCUACUUACAACUUGUGUGACCUUCUGAAGCAGUAUAUUAAACGAAAGAUAGAAUUUGAUAUUGAAGAGAUCUAUAUUUGUUUUUGUCUUCUUAGAAGGUUUGCAAUGAAAUCAGAAGUUUUCCUACAAGUAUACACCAAUGUGUUUCCUUACCUUCAGGCAUCAGUUGGAGAAAACUAUGGAGGAAACUUGCAAAUGUCAUUGAAGACUUAGUACUGCUUAUGAUGUGACAUUUUUUCUCAAUUCAUGUCAUUCCACUUUCCAAGGGAUGGGCUGUGCGAUUCAUGUGCAAUAAAUACCUUAAAACCUGUGCAAAAUGUGGGGAUGGUUUGGGAUGCAAAUGAUCGGGCUUUAGUCCAUUUGAUCAGCCAAAGUUGGAUGACGGAAGCCAUAUAUUGGAGGCCUAUACGUUUAAUAAUAUUGCUUGCGUGCCCAUGAGCUGAACCAGAGAGAGUUCAAGCUCAAGCCCAUUUAUGAGAGAAGCUUUUUAGGCUCGAGUUUCAGCUUGAUAACUCUACACCAAUCCCAAUCUGGUUGCGACAGGUUUACAGUUGAACUCCGAACCAGAGAUGGGCGCCCAUACUUAAAACUCCCAUGAGAAGGGACUUUCCUGACAAGGUUCUCAUUUCCAAAUCCUUGAAGCAUUGACAUGAUUCGUCAUUAAUAUUGUGAGUAUUUGAGCAAAUGCAUAUUCUAUUCUUAACUACUGGAAAUGGCGGACCGAAUGAUCAUCUUCCUUUGUUUGUUCGUUCUGGUUGCAAUCAAUUGACAUAUAAGUUGGUUUUUGGCUCCUAGUCCUAAUUUUAUUCCUAUAAAUACAGCAUCUUUUGAGAACAAAGGUCGGUGUUCCCUUUGUUCUAUUAAUCGUCAUAUUAUAAAGCCCGUGUAUUUGACGUGUAUAGAGUAAUAUGAUCAUAGUUGUGAAAAA